CCCGCCAACUAUCUAUCUAAACGCGGAGAAAUCCAUCAAGCAUACAUUCACCUUUAUCCCCCCUCCCCCCACCUUCCACCGACAAUGUCACUCACAAACGAAAAGAGUGAUUCCGGUUCCACUUCUUCCAACGAACGCAAAUUCGGCGGAAAUGCAGGAAACGAUCAAAUAGUAGGAGCAAAAGUAACCGAAAGACGUGUUCAAGCAAACGAUGAAGAAUUAAACGACGAUGAUGCAGAAUUGGCAAGGAGAACAGGUCAUAAAUCAGAAUUUGCCCGUGAAUUUAGAAGUUUCAGUACGUUUAGUUAUGCAUGCAGUAUUAUGGGUUUGAUUUCUUCCGUUGCAACAACUUUCAAUACGCCUUUUCAAUAUGGUGGUCCUGCAACUACCGUUUGGGCUUGGUUUUUGGGAUCCGUGAUGAACCUUACUUUGGGUGCAUCUAUCGCUGAAAUCGUUUCUGCUUAUCCUUCUUCCGGUGGUCUUUACUCUGCAAGUGGUUUAUUGGUUCCAAAGAGAUAUCGAGCAAUCACCGCCUGGAUUACAGGUUGGCUCAACUUUACAGGUCAAAUCGCCGGUAUUGCUGGAAGUGCAUACGGUUUGGCACAAAUGAUGUUGGCUUGGGCUACCGUUUUGGUUGAUUCAAGAUACUCACCUACAACAGCACAAACGUUUGGCGUUUAUGCUGCUAUUCUCAUCAUCCACGGUUUCAUCAACUGUUUCCCUACGCGUUGGUUGGCCGGCUUAACAUCAAGUUAUGUCAUCAUCAACUUUGGUAUGGUCAUCAUUUCUUCUAUCCUUGUUCUUGCACGCACUCCAAAAGAUGAGAUGCAUUCAGCAUCAUACGUUUUCGGUGACGUUGUUAAUCAGUCCGGCUGGUCAAGCAACGGUUUCGUGUUCUUCUUGGGUUUGCAAUCCGUUCAAUUCGUCAUGACAGAUUAUGAUGCUACUGCUCAUAUUUCUGAAGAAAUUUCAAAGGCUGCCAUUGCUGCACCAGUUGCCAUUUUCACAGCUGUCCUCAGUACAGGUAUUAUGGGCUUCUUCCUUAACAUUUGCUACGUUUUCGCUUCAGGUAAAGUCGCUACAACAGGUACCCCAGACACAUGGAUUGGAGGAUUGAGUUUUGCACAAAUCUUGUUCGACAGAGGUGGAAAGGUAGCAUUCUUGGUUCUAUGGCCAUUCAUUUGCUCAGUCGCUUGGUUCGUCGUGACGACUGCUAUUCAAGCCAAUGCAAGAUCAUUCUAUGCUUUCUCUCGUGAUCGUGGAUUGCCUGAUUUCGGAUUCUUUGCUCGUGUCGAACGUAGAACAGGAACAACUGUCAAUGCAGUUUGGCUCGUUGUGGUUUUGUGUUUAUUGUUGGGAUGCCUUUCAUUCAUCAAUUACACUGCCGUUUUGGCCAUUUUCUCUUUGGCAGCGAUCGGAAUGGAUUUAUCUUACAUCAUCCCAAUCCUUGCCCGACAAUUUUUCGAACAUCAUCCAGACGUUCAAUUCCAACCUGGACCAUUCUUUAUGGGCAGAAAAUGGUGGGCAAGAACGAUUGUUUGGAUUUCGGUCUUUUGGGUUUUGUUUGAAACAACAGUUUUAAGUUUCCCACUUUACUCUUCGGUUGAUAAAAAUUCAAUGAAUUGGGGAGCAAUCGUCAUGUUUGGCGUCUUGAUUGUUACAGGUAUUUGGUACUUUGCUUAUGCUCAUCGUCAUUACCAUGGACCUCGUUCUACCCUUACAAAGGAGAUGGCCGAAAAGCUUGGUAUCGUUACCGAUGCUGAUAACAAUAUUAUCGGACAUGAAGAGCAUGAAAAGGAACGAGUCGUCCAAGAGGAGAAAUAGAGACUCAUUUGUGGACUGCAAGGAUGUGUUUUUUCU